AUGAGGGAGAGUGAUGAGAUUGAUUUGGCGGCUGAGUGUAAUAAUCUCAUGCAAUCUCUAAGGAAAGCAUCACUGGCAUUCUUUGGCGAAUGCGGCCUUCUAAGACACCAAAUUUACUCGUACAAUGUUUUCGUUUUGCACUUCUCAGCCACCAAUGCUUUGGCAAAAGGUUGCAUUUUGCAGUUGUUCUAUUUAGAAUUGAGCAGGUCUUGUGACAUCAAUGAGGAAUGUGUGAAGGAGAGGAAAGAAGAGAUAGCAAUUGGGAGGCGUCCAAUUAUG